AUGCUUAUCCAGAGCGGUGGCUGCAUCUGCGGCAAGAUUCGCUACACUUACAAUGCGGAACCGAUAACAAAAGUCCUUUGCCAUUGCGAUGACUGUCGCAAGAUCAGUGGUAGCAACUACAGCGUCAACUUUCUUGUCCCUGAGGCGGCAUUCCAAGUAACUGUCGGUACGCCAAAAAUCUUCAGUAAAGUUGCUGAUUCAGGCGAUAUCAUCAACAGCUACUUUUGCGGUGACUGCGGUAGCAUGAUAUGGCGUGAGUCCGCCAACUGCGGGCCUAAUAAAGUGGUCAAAGCCGGGACCUUGGAUGACAGCGGCAAGAUUAUUUCUACUUCACUAUUCGAUGCAGAGGUGUUUACGCGCUCGAGGGUAGAGUGGGUGCAGCCAAUAGCUGGUGCAAGCCAGAGGGUCGCAGAGUGA